CAUGGGUUUAAGUUUAAGCCAACGAGGGGUAUUUCUGUCUUUCACCAUACUAACAACACUCUUUCUCUCAAUUCAAUCUCAAUCUCAAUCUCAAACUCAAACAUGUUCCAAUUACGCAUUUCAAAGCAACAAGGUAUUCACAACUUGCAACGAUCUCCCAGUUUUAAACUCUUUUCUCCACUACACAUACGACCCAUCUACCCAGACACUCCAAAUCGCGUAUCGGGUCACAAACAUCGGAUCCUCGAAAUGGGUCGCGUGGGCCAUUAAUCCAACGUCUCAAGGCAUGGCCGGGUCGCAAGCCCUUGUGGCUUUCCAGCAACCCGAUGGGAGUAUGAAGGCGUACACGUCACCAAUUACGGGUUAUGGGACGCAAUUGGCUGAAGGGGAAUUGAGUUUUCCUGUUUCUGAUUUGUCAGCGAGUUAUUUGGAUAAUAAUAAUGAGAUUAUUAUUUUUGCGAGUUUGGGUUUGAAUGGGAGUGGUGUGGUGAAUCAAGUGUGGCAAGAAGGUGAUUUAUCGGGAAAUGUGCCAACUGCACAUGCUACGUCUGGUGCGAAUGUUAGGUCGAUGGGGACUUUAAAUUUGCUUUCUGGGCAAUCCGGGACUCAAGGUGGGGUACUCGGAGGUGGUUCGAAAAACAGGAAGCGAAAUAUUCAUGGUAUCCUGAAUGCAAUAAGUUGGGGGAUCAUGAUGCCUAUUGGGGCAAUAAUUGCAAGGUAUCUAAGAGUAUUCCAAUCGGCGGACCCCGCUUGGUUUUAUCUUCAUGUCACCUGCCAAACAUCCGCAUACAUCACCGGAGUUGCCGGAUGGGCCACCGGAAUCCACCUUGGAAGCCAGUCUCCGGGCAUCCAAUUCACCUCUCACAGAGUCAUAGGCAUCAUUCUCUUCUGUGUAGCCACCCUCCAGGUGAUUGCUUUGUUGGUAAGGCCAAAGAAGGAACACAAGCAUAGAAUAUUUUGGAACAUCUACCACCACUCACUUGGCUACACAAUCAUCAUCUUAGGCAUCAUCAAUAUAUUUAAAGGAUUUGAUAUUUUAAACCCUGAGAAGAAAUGGGAAAGGGGUUAUACUGGAAUAAUUAUUAUUAUAGCUAUCAUUGCAGCGAUUCUAGAAGCUUACACAUGGUUUGUGGUUUUAAGGAGGAAGAAAGCUGCAAAUGUGGAGAAGACGAGUAAUGGAAAUGGGUAUGCGAGCAAUGGGAAUUAUGGACAUUAUCCGUAUUCUGAUAGGACUAAUGGGAGGGUUUAAGUAAAAAAAUUAAGUUUCUUAAAUGGUUUUUCGACUUUAUUUUUGUUUUUUUUUUUGUGUCUAUAUUUGUUCUUUAUGGUUAUCUUGUAUUUUUAUUUUUAGGGUCUGAGUUUUAAAUUUUAAAUUUAAAUUAUAAUUAAAUUAAAUGGUAUGUUAUUGGACCUAUCUCCAUUUUAUUUUGUGGAGAUUAGGGUUGUGUUUA